AUGGGAAGCAUUCAUCAUCUGCCUAGCUAUGAAAGAAGGAAUAAAAAUCAGCUGCUAUUAAAUAAAAAAAUUCAAAGUCAGUUUCAAAUAAAGCUAAUAAAGAUUAGUCAUCCGACAGCGUUUGACUAUGUCUUGAGUGAUUUGAGAAAGAAGUAAAAGCAGUUCAAGAUAGGUGUUAUGACAAUAUUUCUUGUAGUAGGUUUCGUCACUUUCCUUGACUCUUUAGUUCAACUUGCACCUGCAGUCUUUAUGAUGACUAGUCAGGCAAGUUCGGGUGAUUUUGAUUUGAAACUUUCAAUUAGAGAUCGAUCAGAGCAAAUGAUACUUAAAAACGGGAAUUUUUUCACUUAAGAUAUUGAUUAGUUCAAUUAUAGAUGGGUUAAUGAAUCUCAAGGUAACUUGCCUUCUUAUGUUCCGAAAUCUUUUUCAAUGCCUUUCAUAAAUUAUACUGACAUAAAGCAAAAACUCUAGGACUCUUAAGAGUAUGCAGGUAGUUUUCCAAGAUGGAUGGCACUGUGCACAGCAAUUAACCCAAAUGAUCAUUAGCAUCACACAUCAGCAUUUACUAUCAUUGCUGAUACAAAACUUGAAAGAGAUAUUGGAGUUGCAUUUGGAUUUCCUAGCACUAUCCUGAAAUAAGAUGAAGUUAUUGUGAAUGAAGACAUUCUAAAACUAAUGGGUUUGAAUGUCGGUGAAUAAAUAGAACUCAAUUUUGAUCUGUUUUAGAUCGCCUCACUAGAUUUUACAAAACUUAAAAGGUUGGUAUUCGACUAUGAAUUAAUAAAUUCUACAUUAAGUCAAGGCUAAAAUAUCAUGGAAUAUCUAGGACUAGAUCCAACAGUAAAGAUAAUUCCUUCUGAGUAUUUUAGUGAUAGAAUGAUUAAAAGUAUCAUGAAGAGAUUAUAAAAUGAGGAAGAUUUGAAUCAAAUAGGUAGAAUAGAAUUAGGAAUCUUUAAGAAGAUAUAAAAAUAGAAUGAGCUAUACAUUUAUGAGAUACUUGAGAUCAUUCUCUAGAAUAUAAAUCAAAAAGACUUUGUAUUAAAGAAGAAUUACACCAUAAAGCAGAGUGUUGAUUAGACAUAUGGGAAGUGGCCGACGACAAUAGGAAAUGCUUUAAUGAUAGAUUCAAACUAUCUAUUAGGUGAUAUGAGCUUAAUGAUGAAAAAAAAUAUUGAGCAGUUCUUUAUAACUAAUAAUUAUGAUCAAGAAAUAUAUGAGAUUCUUAUGGAAUAGAUAAAUUCUUCAAUCUAGAAGUAGUUUUCCUCUAUUAAAAUUGAGGAAUAUGCAUUAAAUGUCAUAGUAUAGAUAAAGAACAGGAAAAAUAAAUACUUUGGACCCCCUUAAGAAUUUUAAAGAAUAGUAAAUGAUAUUGCAAAGUUUUUAUCUUUAAAUUCCAAUAUAACAGUCAGCACUCCUAUUUUUGAUUCAAUGGGGACAAUGAGAAUGAUUACUAGUUUACUAGAAAAUUUUAUGUUCAUGGUUAUGUUCUUUCUCUGCCUAAUCAGUUUUAUUCUAAUUUAUUCCCUAACCUAAUCUGAUGUCGAAGAAAGAACUUAUGAAUUUGCUAUGCUUAGAACUAUGGGAUUAAGAAACUAAAAUCUGUUGGUGCUUCUGUCAAUUUAAGCAGUUCUCUAUUCUAUUCCAGGAUUGGUUCUAGGAUUUAUCAUUAACUUCAUUUGUUAGAAUGGUGCAUAGGUUGUUCUCUUUAUAUUUGCAGAAUACUCAUCGGACAUCACUAUGCAAACUCGUACUAUAUUAAUGGGGCUAUUUUUAGGAAUUGUGCUCCCAUUUAUAUCUAAUAUAAUUCCAAUGAAAUAAGCAUUGGGAAAUUCCCUUAGAAAUGCACUAGACUAAUUUAGAGGAAAUGCAGAUGAUUUUGAAGUUUAAAUGAUAAGAUUAGAGCAUUAUGGAUUCUCUAUUAGUCAAUUUUUAAUUGCCAUUACUCUAAUGUUUUGUGGAGCAAUAACAUUUUACUACAUACCCAGAGCAUUCCUUCAUUAAGAUAUGAAGACCUUUUCUUUCCUGAUUAAUCUUUUACUUAUUCUACUAAUAAUGGGACUAAUUACUUUGGCUUAGGUUUUAGUACCCAAACUAGAAAAUAUGUUUCUUAAUAUCAUAAUAUUCUUUAGACCAACUGAGGGUAAGCUCAAAACUAUCAUUUAGAAAAAUCUUAAGAGUCAUGCAACAAGGAAUCUCAAGACCUCAAUGAUGUUUACAUUGACACUAAGUUUUCUAGUUUUUACAAAUGCUAACUUCUAACAGAUACACUACUUUUUAGUUUCGGUUGCUUAGAUUAUUGUCGGAUCAGAUCUUUCAGUUACAAAAAUAUUGCUUGAAGGUCAUAAUGAAUCAUUGCUUGAUGAAUUUAAGCUAAGGGAGUUUAUAGAAGAAAAUAUGGCUUCCAAAGGAGGGCUUGUAGAAUCUUAUACUUUUUAGACAAUGCAGAUCGAAAAAUUGACUGAAAUAAAAGGAAUGAAUCCUAUUUUAGCAAAUAUGAAGCAUCCUGGUAUGACAAGAAAACUAUCUAAAGCUAGGAUAUAUUCUUUGGAGAGAAAUGCAUUAGAUACAUUAGACCUAAGCUAUUUCUUUCCAACUGAGUAUGUAGAUGAUCCUUUGAAUGUAGGAAAGCAUUAUAAAGCAAAAGAAAUCAUGGAAAUGUUUUAUGAUAUCAAUGAUGCUAGCAAGAUAGUCUAGCAAUAUGACCCUCGAGAUAUCAUAGUAGGAGAUGUUAAUAAUUCAACUGUUAUUGACAGUUCAAUUUAUAACUUUAUUUCAUCAGAGGGAUUAAGGGGUAUGCUUUAUGAAAAUGUUGGUGAGCAUAAUAUCUUGUGUCUUGGUGAUGAUAACCCUGGAAAAAUAGGAGAUAUAUUCAUGCAUGAAGAGCCCGUUAAUUGUGCUGUAAAAGCAAGAUAUAGAGUAAUGCUUGCUGCUAGCAAAAUGCCAGGCUAUAUCACUUACACUGGAUAUGCUCAUGCAAGACACAUGACAAACUUUUAGAUUAUGUCCUUACCCUAACUAAGGUAGCUAGUAGAUCACAUUUUCCAGAUAUACCCUAAACGUGGUGAAGCGUUUAGAUAAAAGUUGCUUGACAUGCCUAAAUUUAGCUACGAUCUCCCAAAAAAUAGAUUAUUUAUGAAGCUAAUUUCUAAUACUACCAGGUUUCAAAGAAGUAUUUUUAAGAAUAACCUUCUAAACUUCAUUAAGGAUGAGACCUUGCUAGUUUUUGAUAGGCAGAGCUUCCUAGAAAACAUCGAUCAAAGAUUGAUACUUCUUGAUAUAUUUAAUGCAGCUAUUUCGAUCAUUUGUUUUACACUUGGAAUGUUCUAGUUAAUAGUCUCCAUUUCUGCUAACAUUAGAGAUUCAAUGUGGGAAUUAGGUGUGCUAAGGGCAAUGGGCAUGAACAAAAAAGAAAUUUUGAGAAUCACAAUGUAUGAGAGUGCAGUCAAUAAUCUAAGUUCGAUAGUUCUUGGAUUUAUAAUCGGAUUCAUUAUAGCUUGCUGCCUUAUGUCUUAAUUCAUGUUAAUGCUAGAGAUGCCUUUCCGAUUUAUUGUAAGAAUUAUAAACCUUAACUAAUCUUAAUAGUUGCCAUCUAAAAUGUAUAUCUUCUUAGCAGUAUUAUCCAUUAUUACAAUGAUGGUUGGAACAUACAUUGGUUCAAGGUCAUUAAACAAAAAGUAGAUAGCAAGCGUACUUAAGGGUAUUUAAUGA